AAAUAAUUUUCAGAAGUGCUUAUGAAAUUCUCUGGGAGAAUAACUUUUCCUCUGGGAUUUUGGUUUUCUGAAUCUUUGAUAAGUAGUUUCUGAUUAUUUAAAAUUUAUGUCCUUUGGUGUAAAAUAUUUCUACACAUAUCUAGAGAUACACAUAUGCACUUCCCAAAGUGAAUUGUAUAUUUUACCUUUUUCUUUGUUUGAUACCAUCUCUAGCCUUACCUGACAGUACCCCCCCACACACACUCACUGUGUCUACGAGGCCGGUGUUGAACUCCUAGACAACAGCCUGCCUCAGCCUCCUCUGUGCUGGGAUUAAAGGUGUGCACCACACCUAGCACUUGUACACGUUUUAGGAUGGGUAGGCUGUUGGCACUUAAUAUCCUUCCCAGAUAGAAUAAGCUAUUUACAUAUUCUAGAUUCUUCCAUCUAAAUGAAAACUCCUCCUUUUCAGAUCUUCCCACUUCCUUAUCCGUGGUAACUGAGGGAAUUCCUUAGUCUCUUCCUGCUUCUUUCUGAGUCUCGUCUAAACUAUUCCUGACACUAUGAAUGCUAUCUGGAUGCCUCUUAAGACCCAGAUAGAUGAAUCGGGAAUGAAGAAGCAGCAGUUAAUUGAGUCUGUUCUCAGGGGAGGCAGUAAGGGGCCGUGGAGCUGGCCUCAGCACUGGAAGAGGCUGGACUUCCUGUCUCUCUGUGCUGAAUGGCUGCGAUGGCGCCCGCUCUCACUGACGCAGCAGCUGAAGCACACCACAUCCGGUUCAAACUGGCUCCCCCAUCCUCCACCUUGUCCCCUAGCAGUGCCGAGAAUAACGGCAACGCCAAUAUCCUUAUUUCUGCCAACGGAACCAAAAGAAAAGCCAUUGCUGCAGAGGAUUCCGGUCUAGACUUCCGAAAUAAUCCUACCAAGGAAGACUUGGGAAAGCUGCAACCAUUGGUGGCAUCUUAUCUCUGCUCUGAUGUAACAUCUGUUCCUGCAAAGGAGUCUUUGAAAUUACAAGGGGUUUUCAGCAAGCAGACAGUCCUUAAAUCUCAUCCUCUUUUAUCUCAGUCCUAUGAACUCCGAGCUGAGCUGUUGGGGAGACAGCCAGUUUUGGAGUUUUCCUUAGAAAACCUUAGAACCAUGAAUACAAGUGGUCAGACAGCUCUGCCACAAGCGCCUGUAAAUGGGUUGGCUAAGAAAUUGACUAAAAGUUCAACACAUUCGGAUCAUGACAAUUCCAGUUCCCUCAAUGGGGGAAAACGGUCUCUCACUUCAUCUGCUCUGCAGGGAGGUGAAGUGGGGGCAUUUGACUCUGGGAACUUGAAGGGGGGUAUGACCAAUUGCACUCUUCCACAUAGAAGCCUUGAUAUAGAACACACAACUCUAUACAGCAAUAAUAGUACUGCAAACAAAUCUUCUGUCAAUUCCAUGGAACAGCCGGCACUUCAAGGAAGCAGUAGGUUAUCACCUAGUACAGACUCCAGCUCUAACCUGACAAAUGUUAAGUUAGAGGUCAAAAAGUCUCCUCUGUCUUCCAUUCAUUUUAGUGCUUUAGACUCUGACACAAGGAUAACAGCUCUGCUAAGGCGGCAGGCUGAUAUUGAGAUCCGUGCCCGCAGGUUACAGAAGCGAUUACAGGUUGUGCAAGCCAAGCAGGUGGAGAGGCAUUUACAGCACCAACUGGGUGGGUUUUUGGAAAAGACAUUGAGUAAACUGCCAAACUUGGAAUCCCUGAGGUCCCGGAGCCAGUUGAUGUUGACCCGAAAGGCUGAAGCGGCCUUGAGAAAAGCUGCCAGUGAGACUACCACUUCAGAGGGACUUAGCAACUUCUUGAAAAGUGAUUCAAUUUCAGAAGAAUUGGAGAGAUUUACAGCUAGUGGCAUAGCCAAUCUGAGGUGCAGUGAACAAGCAUUUGAUUCAGAUGUCACGGACAGUAGUUCAGGAGGGGAGUCCGAUAUUGAAGAGGAAGAGCUGACUCGAGCCGAUCCUGAGCAAUGCCAUGUACCCCUGAAACGCAGAUCUGAAUGGAGAUGGGCUGCAGACCGAGCAGCUAUUGUCAGUCGCUGGAACUGGCUUCAGGCCCAUGUUUCUGACUUGGAAUAUCGAAUUCGUCAGCAAACGGAUAUUUAUAAACAGAUACGUGCUAAUAAGGGGUUGAUAGUCCUUGGGGAGGCACCUUUCCCAGACCAUACAACAGACUUAUUUUCACUUAGUUCUGAGGUGAAGACAGAUCAUGGGACUGAUAAAUUGAUUGAGUCUGUUUCUCAGCCUUCAGAAAACCAUGGUAUUCCUGUUAGUCAUAUUUCAGAGUCCUUGUCUACCAAAUCAUGUGGAGCACUGAGACCUGUCAAUGGGGUUGUUAACAGUCUUCAGCCUGUCCUGGCAGACCAUGUUCCAGGUGACAGCUCUGAUGCUGAGGAACAAUUACAUAAAAAGCAACGGCUGAAUUUAGUUUCUUCAUCAUCUGACGGCACCUGUGUGGCAGCCCGAACAAGGCCUGUAGUGAGCUGUAAGAAGCGGAGGCUUGUUAGGCCCAGCAGCAUUGUUCCUCUUUCUAAGAAGGUUAACCGGAAUAGCACCACCCGCUCUGGCUGUGAUGUCAAUCCCUCUUGUGCUCUGUGUGGUUCAGGCAGCAUAAACACCAUGCCUCCUGAAAUUCACUAUGAAGCCCCUCUGUUGGAACGUCUUUCUCAGUUGGAUUCUUGUGUUCACCCUGUUCUAGCAUUUCCAGAUGAUGUUCCCACAAGCCUGCACUUCCAGAGCAUGUUGAAGUCUCAGUGGCAAAACAAGCCUUUUGACAAGAUCAAACCUACCAAAAAGUUUUCACUUAAGCACAGAGCACCCAUGCCAUGCAGUCUGUCAGAUCCAGUUCGUAAAGACAGGCAUAAGUUGGUCAACUCCUUCCUUACAACAGCCAAGCUGUCCCAUCACCAAACCCGGCCUGACAGGACCCACAGGCAGCACUUAGACGAUGUGGGGACUGUGCCCAUGGUGGAGCGAGUGACUGCUCCAAAAGCAGAGCGCUUGCUCAAUCUGCCGCCACCAGUACAUGACCCAAACCACAGCAAAAUGAGAUUGCGAGACCAUUCAUCUGAGAGAAGUGAAGUGUUGAAGCAUCACACAGACAUGAGCAGUUCGAGCUACUUGACAGCUACCCACCAUCCAUCACACAGCCCCCUGGUGAGACAACUCUCCACCUCAUCAGACACCUCCACAACACCUACCAGCUCUGGCUCACAGGUUGCAGCCAGCACGUCUCAGCCAGUGAGGAGGAGAAGGGGAGAGAGCUCAUUCGAUAUCAAUAACAUUGUUAUCCCGAUGUCUGUUGCUGCAACAACUCGUGUUGAGAAACUACAAUACAAAGAAAUCCUUACUCCAAGCUGGCGAGAGGUUGAUCUUCAGUCUCUGAAGGGGAGUCCUGAUGAAGAGAAUGAGGAGAUUGAGGACCUUUCUGAUGCAGCAUUUGCUGCCCUCCAUGCCAAAUGUGAGGAGAUGGAGAGGGCAAGGUGGCUGUGGACCACAAGUGUGCCACCCCAGCGUCGGGGCAGCAGGUCUUACAGGUCAUCAGACGGCCGGACCACCCCACAGUUGGGCAGUGCCAACCCUUCCACCCCACAGCCUGCCUCUCCUGAUGUCAGUAGUAGCCACUCUCUGUCAGAGUUCUCCCAUGGUCAAUCUCCUAGAAGUCCCAUUAGCCCAGAACUGCUCUCAGCCCCCCUCACCCCUGUGGCUCGGGACAGUCUGCGACACUUGGCCAAUGAAGACACCCGUUGCUCCACACCAGAGCUGGGGCUAGAUGAACAGUCUGUCCAACCAUGGGAGCGGCGGACCUUCCCUCUGGCUUACAGUCCCCAGGCAGAAUGUGAGGAGCAGUUGGAUCCACAGGACAUGGCAGCACGCUGUACUCGCCGCACCUCAGGCAGCAAGACUAGUCGGGAGUCAGAGGUGGCACCCACCUCACCUCCUGUUGUCUCCCUCAAGAGUCGGCAUCUGACAGCAGCAGUCGCAGCUCAGCGCCCAACUCACAGAUGAGCAGGAAAUGAGACUCUAUAUAGACUCUCUACUAUUGGCAUUAAAGCUUCAGAAAUCUCUGCGUUUGAUAUUCAAACAUCAUAUGCUGGAAUUUUCACAGUUUUUAGUGAAUUUAAGGAAUUUAGAUCCUCCUUUGGUUGGUUUGGUUUUGUUGUUUCUGUUUUCAUGUUUUGUUUUCAUGUCACACCUGAGCACUUCCUCCAGUUGGCAGACAAGUUCAGGAAGAAACCCUGCUGGCCUGGUCCUGCAUAUCCUCUGCACUGUUGGAUCACUGGACUUCCCAAUGUUAGAUGAUCACCCUCUCCCUUGCACCUGUGGGGUAGGGUGGACCAGCCAGGUAGCAGUGGGUGGAAAGCUCUAAGUCAACAGUCUCCUUAGGUUGGGAUGGGAUAGAAUAAAAGCAGUCUGGGCUCUUACCCCUUCCCUCCAGUCUGUGGCUUGACUCGGCUUAGCUCUAGCUGGGCACCCCUCCUUGGUCUUCUUGUGCUGGCGCUCCCUUCCAGCCAGCAGUACAACUAGCUUCUCCUUGUCACCUGGACCUUGAAGACCUAUUUUGAGUUUCAUCUGCAUUCGGUCAUCUGUCUUGGCUCCUUGGCUGCAGUACUCUGCCGCAGCUGCUCAGGUCACCCUGUUCUACCCUUUCCCAUCUUUUCUCUCCUGUUCAUGCACACAGACACGUUAGUCCUUCCGCUCAGAACAUCUAUGAAGAUAGGGUUUGGACUGCUUAACCCAUUCCCACACCCCUAAAAGUUAGGAAGUCUGGAGUACACAGCAUCACUUCUGUAUCAUGUUUUCACUCAGUAGUAGUCACAUGCCCUGUUUCUUUCACGUCCCUGUCAGUCACUUAGACUCCCUCAUCUCUGCUCCCCUUGCCUGUGGAACACUGUCUGGUCCUAGCUGUGGUUUCCAUUGUUCCCCACCAACCUCCUGUUAGCCUUGUGCCUGUCUUAUGUAUAAUCACAUCACCAAAAAAAGGGGAGGGGGAAAGGAAUUUUCUUUUUCUGCCAUUUUAUAAUUAUACAAAAAUAGUAGGCAGACUGCUUAAUGGUUGGGGUUUUUUCACAAUUUUCAACAUUAGUGAUUUUUUUUGUUUGCAAGUUAAAAGGUUUGUCAUUGUUUCUUUAAACAACAAUAAUGCACCAUAUCCCUAUGCAUAAAGUGCUUCUUCUAUUUAUAAGGUUGAAAAUUCUGAAUAACCCUUUUAGCAUUGUAAAAAAAAGACAAAAAUUUAAAAAAACUUGUAUUUUGUAAAUAUUUUCUUUUCCUGCUUUGAGCUGUGUAAUGGCAGCGAACAUGUAGCUGUCUUUGUUCUAUAGAAAUGCUUUUCUUCAGAGAAGCUGAUCUUUGUUAAUGUCUUGAUUCUGUUCGCAAAGCACAGACUAGUGCUUAAAAAAAAAAGGAAGGAAAAUGAAAAAAAUAAUAAAAAAAAAGAUACAGAAA